CGCAUAUAAGAGCUUCAUUUCUGGCAUCUGACUGCCGGUAGCAAACCGUCUCAGGACAGUGAUGGGUCUGAGACAUCUGUCAGGCGUAGUUCCUCGAUACUCUGUACUAUAGAUCUUAUGUGUUGUAUUCACAACAGUACUGAAUAUCCGUCCGUAAGUAGGGCCGGGAAAUGCUGGUCCUGAUGGCCUCUUGUGUCUUCGCGUGUUGUACCAUUGUCAUCAGGUUGGGGCUCUAAGGAAUGAUCUUGCACGAGCCCCCAACUCAAUUUCUUCGGUUCUUCACGCAUCUUCAGAGAUCGGCAGCUCUGCACACGACAGACAUCCCAAACUUGACUUCAUGCGGAUGGGUGGAGCUCGCUACAACAAAGGGGUGUCAGGCACUGUCGUAACACCCGCUCGUGCCUUCCUGGCAUGCGCCGCCAUCCUCAUCUGCCUGUUCUAUGCUUUGACUGCGGCCUUUCAAGGCCAUAUCUCAGGUGUUGAGGGUCCGGCUUCUUCUGGUACUCGACUGCGCCUGAAUGGCCUGGACCCAAGGGAAAAGAGCGAGGAGCGGGAUGUCAGCGCUCUGCUGUUGCCGACAAGGGAACGAUGGCAUGGUCCUGAGGAUCUUGACGCUGCAGCAGCAGCCAGGGCAGAUGAGAUCAAUAAAAGCUGGAUAGAGAGCCCAGGGAACGCCGCAGGUUCUUGGUGGCUGCAGCCUGGGUUCCACCUGUCAUUCAUGGAGGAGAAUCCGCCAUACCCCUUCCAGCGCAUCAAACAUGUGGAUGGCAAGGACACCGGCGUAAUAGCCAUCAUUGCUCCCUUCUAUGACCUGGAUUACUACAAGGGGGAGCUGGCACGCGCAUUCUUCUGGAGGCUGAAAGCGAACGGACAUAUCAUCAUUAUCAUCACCUCAUAUCAGGAAUUCCCCGGCCGCAUUGAGAACCCCUAUGACGACCGGCACACAACUCCACAGGACAGGCUGAUCCAUGAAGCUGUAGACGGAUAUGUGCACUGCUUCAGGUGA